AUGCAAGCAGAGAAGGUCAACACCACAGGCAAGCAGAGACGGUCAACACCACAGGCAAGCAGAGAAGGUCAACAGCACAGGCAAGCAGAGAAGGUCAACAUCACAGGCAAGCAGAGAAGGGUAACACCACAGGCAAGCAGAGAAGGUCAACAGCACAGGCAAGCAGAGAAGGUCAACAGCACAGGCAAGCAGAGAAGGUCAACAGCACAGGCAAGCAGAGAAGGUCAACACCACAGGCAAGCAGAGAAGGUCAACAGAGCAGACCAACAGAGCAGGCCAACAGAGCAGACCAACAGAGCAGGCCAACAGAGCAGACCAACAGAGCAGACCAACAGAGCAGACCAACAGAGCAGACCAACAGAGCAGGCCAACAGAGCAGACCAACAGAGCAGGCCAACAGAGCAGGCCAACAGAGCAGACCAACAGAGCAGGCCAACAGAGCAGACCAACAGAGCAGACCAACAGAGCAGACCAGUGACCAAGCAUUCAAGUGAGCAAAGAGUAAUCACCACCAUAGCCUGCUUCUCAUGGCUGCCACUGUUGUCAGUACGGCCACAAAAUUCUAAUUGA